AUGGUGGAAUUCCUUAUUAUUAUCAUUAUUAUUGUCCUCUUCUCUUUCUUGUCCUUCCUAUACUUUUCUCUUUCCUCCGUGUCGCUGUCUCUAUUCCCCUUUCGCGAUGAUAUCCCAUUUGCUGAGGUCAUGGAAAAAGUCACCAUGCUGUUUACACUUUCGUCUUCCUCGUUUUGUUCUUUCCUCACCUUGCGGUUAUUUUGUCUGUGGAUUCCCCGAGUUGUAGACCCGGGAAUACCUGGAGGGAUGGGCCAGCGGGGGACUUGUUGGACGGGUUCCAAUGGAGGUACCCGGGCAGCGGAAUGGCAAAGCGUCAACCCAAGGGCAAAGGCGGGCGUGGUUCGCGGUUACGGGCUGCGGAGCUCAGAAAUAUGGUGUCCGAGUAGGUGCAGGUUGGACUCCCAAUUUAGGUAGUCAGUCGAUCGCAGAACCGAAACAAUUUUGACGCCAACCGAGCAAGGUCACACUUAAGGCGCAUCGAGUGAAAGGAAGGGUGUAGCGAAGAACAUCAGGCUCGUUAUUGCCCUGGCAAACCUGCUCUCUGAGCCCCGUACUCCAUUCGCAUAUUGGGGGUUUGACAUCACACCUAAAAGAGUCACGCAUCUGUGUCGAUCCGGGCUUUUAUUUUCACAUCGCCAUCCGUUGAAAGUAUGACAAGAUGCAUUUACUUGGAGGCAUCGACCUUGGAGAUGUAGGCCAGAAGGUCGAGGACACGGCGGGAGUAGCCCCACUCGUUGUCGUACCAGGAGAC